CAGCAUCAGCUGUAGGCACUGUGGGAGUGGGGAUGGGGGCGGGAUGACGAGGCUUGGUACACCGAACCUGGACCAUCUUGGCUCCCUGGCGAGUCUGGAACAUCACCGUCAGCCCCCGGCUGCCUGCCUCAGGCACAGCAGACAGUCCUGUGGAUCCCAAUGCGUCCGUCCAGCCGUCAUGCAGUGUUCCUGGAAGUCCGUGGUGCUGCUAGCAUUAGCCUCCAUAGCUAUCCAGUACACAGCCAUCCGGACCUUCUCCACCAACCCAUUCAGUCUGUUGUGCUCUGUGGGCCUGAUCCCCACCAGCCGUUCGGUCAACUGCACCAUCAGAGGGGUGACGGGAGUCGGCCAGGACACACCAGAUUGCGAUGACGUUUUUCUCCAAACUCCAUCGUCCAUCUCCUCACCUCCCUCACUCAACACCAACAGGAGAACCAACAUCCUCAUUCUGGCCACCACACGGAGCGGGUCUUCGUUUGUGGGCCAGCUGUUUAACCAGCAUCCAGAGGUCUUCUACCUGUUCGAACCUCUGUACCACGUCCAGCUGGCGCUGCUGCCUCGCCUGUCGCAGAGUCGGAAUCUGUCUGAGAGGAGAGUGAUGCUGGGAGCAGCCAGAGAUCUGCUGAAGUCUCUGUACCACUGUCACCUCCACAGCCUGGAGAAUUACAUCCAACCCCGUCCUGCUCAGCACCUGACCGACAAGCUGUUCAGACGAGGAGCCAGCCGGUCUCUUUGCUCUACCCCUGUGUGUGAGGCCCAACUGGGCCCGAAGGAGCAGAGUCUGGUUCUGUCUGAUGAGGGCGAGUGUGUGAAGAAGUGUGGACCGCUCAAUGUGUCGCUGGCAGCCGACACCUGCAGAGCAAAGCGCCAUGCAGCCAUCAAGACGGUCCGGAUCCCACAAAUCAGUGACCUCAGAGCACUGAUGGAGGACCCAAAACUCAACCUGAAGGUGGUCCAGCUUGUCCGAGAUCCACGAGGCAUCCUGGCGUCUCGCAUUGAAACUUUCAGAGAUACUUACCGACUGUGGCGUCUAUGGAGGGCAACUGGACGUCGACCUCACAACUUGGAUCUGAAACAGAUCAACACAGUGUGUGAGGACUUCUUCCAGUCUGUGUCCACAGGCCUGGCCAGACCCCACUGGCUCAAAGGGAGGUACAUGCUGCUCAGGUAUGAAGACUUGGCUCGAUUUCCCCUCCGGAAAACCCGGGAGUUGUACAGCUUCCUUGGUCUGGUUCUGGACCACAGUGUAGUGGACUGGAUCCUGAACAACACUCGGGGAAGCAGCGAUCUGUCGUCCCGACAGAAGUUCACCACAGUUCGGGACUCUGCAGCCAAUGCAGAGAACUGGAGGGUGAAGCUGUCCUUUGACAUGGUGGUCUACACCCAGACUGCCUGUCAGCCACUUCUGGGCCUCCUCGGAUACAAGACAGUGUUCCAUCCCAGAGAACUAAGAAACCUCUCACACUCGUUAGUGGAGGACAGGACGUUCCUCCCGUUUAUAUAAGCUGAUGACAACCAUAAUCCGCCCAGACAGGAUGGCUCAUGGAAAAUGUGGUCUGGGUUUCCUCAUUCUGAGAUGGAGAAAGAACUGUAUCCAUCAGUAGGUUUCAGAUUUUUUUUUAUAUUUGGUGACAGAUUGUACAUCCUCUCCUGCACUUUACUGUUUUCUUGGGAGGUCAGGUGAUCUGUUUCGUAUUAAUAUAUUCUUCUAGAAAUCAGCUGUGUCGGUCCUCUUCCUCCUCCUGCCAAGGCACUGCGGGGUAGAUUUCAGUGACAGUGCAUACAGUAUUACGGUGAAAGUUCAGUUAUAAUAUCAUGCUUUAUUUUCAUGGAAUUUUAUUUCUGUGUAUCAUUUAAUAAA